AUGAUUAGAGGUCUUGUUUCGACACAACCACUUCGUCAAGUUGCUCGCAAACCGUUCUAUUCAAGCUCGAUAUUUGUUAAAGGGAUGGCUACUUCUGGUCCUGCUGCGUUGCAAAAUGAAAAGGGGUUGCAUCUGUUGACGAUGCCCACUCCCAAUGGCCGCAAAGUUCAAACUGCGCUUGAGGAACUCAAAGACGUCUACCAGACUCCAUUUUCAUGGACCUAUAUCGACAUUAGCAAGAAUAUUCAAAAGGAACCCUGGUUCCUCAGCCUGAACCCAAACGGUCGUAUCCCAACGCUGGUCGAUAACAGCCAGUCCAAGCCGUUCCCGGUGAUGGAAUCGGGCGCAAUCCUAUUGUACCUUGAUCAAUUCUAUGAUAAGAAUAAAGUUUUCGGAUUUGCCGAUCCUCUGGAGCAUAAUGAAAUGUUGCAGUGGCUGUUCUGGAUGAAUGCCGGUCUUGGACCGAUGCAAGGCCAGCUGAACCAUUUUAACAAGUUUGCUCCAGAGAAAAUUGAGUAUGGAAUCAAGCGGUACCAUGAUGAGACUCUCAGGCUGUUGAGCGUCAUUGACGAUCAUUUGUCGGGCAAAUGGACCAAAGAACCCGAGCGAGAAUAUCUCGCUGGUAAUGGUAAAGGAAAGUACAGCUGGGCGGACAUUUCGACUUAUCCAUGGGUUUACAUUGCGGAAUUUAGUGGUAUUACCAAGGAUGAGCUGGCAUCGUUGAAGCAUCUGAAUGCUUGGCUCGAGAGAAUCACCCAGCGACCGGCUGUCCAGAGAGCACUUAACAACUACGCGAAGCCGGAGUAG